UAGCCGUUCAUAUUACCAGCAAUCUGGAGUUGUCGCAAGGAAUUAAUUUAGCCAAAUCAGUGUCUGUCUAAUCACGCCAAAGAGUCAACUGCCUUUGCGAAAUCAUGCGAUAGAGAAUCCUGGAAACAUUACAAACCCAACGUGGUCAAGACUAGCGCCGUCCACCGCCUCAUUUAUCAAAAGCUCGUAAACAAAGAGUGACGAAAACCCGUGCGUCUGGGGCACCUUCCCCGAGGAUGGUUCAGACGCCACCUUUUGAGCCAUGUUAUUUGUUGCCUUCAGUCAAUGAUGCAACAUUCCGGACUAUAGGAAGGGUUUUGGUGAAACCACCGGCUGGGCAGGCUUGUAGGCGUCGAGAAUCCUUACAUCAACCAUCUGGCCUGGGAUUCGACUGCAUCAGUUCCAUCUGAAAGGAUUUCAACUUCUUAGCAGUUCUAGCCUGCCGGGACCUAUAUGCGUCGUACAAGGCGCGCACAAAGCAGAGCAAUGGCCAAGUCAAAAGGCCAAAGCUUGUACCUGCCAGACGAUUCCGUUCUGAGCGCUGCGAUUCAGGAAUCGAUUCAGACUCCUGCUUCGGAAACCACAACAAAGGCUGCGGAUGGACACAAUGUUGAUGGCUGGACGGAAGAGGACAUUCGGACUUACAACGAACUGCUCGAAGAAAGAGCCAAACUUGAGAAAGAGAAAAAUGAACUAGAGCGCAAAUCAUCCAGGCACCAGGCACAGCGGGCCCUUCUCGACGAAAAUGCCCUGGUCUUAGAUACACUCUUUGUGGGCCACCCCGGGGGCAUUCAAAAAUUUAUCGGCUCAUACUCAUGCUGCUUAGACGAAAAUCCCGAAACGGCUCGCCAUGAAGCAUCUGGUAAUGCAUGCCCCUCUGGACACGAGAUCUGCAGGCGAGCAAAGACAAAGGGUAUAUCUUGGAUGGAGUUAGACACAAUCAAGUCCUACCAGAGCAGAAUCAGGUCAGAACGGUCAGAGAGAAUGCAAAAGGCUCUGCGGAAACAAAGAGAUGUCGAACUCAUCCGUGUUAAAAAAGAAGAUGAUGAACAGACCCUGAAGGAACGAAAGACCAUCCUUCCGGACAAACGCUCAGGCUACACUAAGAAGAGCCCCGCUAAACGGACUGACGCAGUCAGGUCGCCAUCAUCAGAUGGUUUCGUCCCAGAGGGUAUCUUGUCAGACCCCAAGAAGAAUGCAAUUCUCGAGGCUGCACGCAAGAAUGAAUUUAUUGUCCGACAAAUACGAGGAAGACUGGACCAAAUUCGACAUGAUGUAAACGCGGGCAAAAUCUCGCUUGCCGAUGCAUGCACAAAACUCGACCAGGCCAAUGCAGAAAUGGCGGACGCCGAGAAGAAGAACAAUGACUUUCGCAAGUUGAUCCUUCCCAUCUCAGAUUGCCACGCAAGCUCUUCCACCAUCCUGCAGAACGCAAUCCACUUUGCUAGCCCAGAGGGCUUUUGUCAAAUUUCCAACGUGUUCCAGGCUUUUUUCAGUGCCUCUGACCCCAAGGGUGUGCACGCAGCAAUGACUGAGUUUCGAGGGGUACUCGAGAUGUAUGGCCCCAAGACUCCGGAGUUUCAGGAAUACUUCGGCGCAUUGGAAGAGGUGCUCUCGAACCCAGACGCCAAGGGCUUCGCAGUGAAUGAUAAGGCCGAUUAUGAGAAAAUUGAUCCUUUGAAGAACGUUGAUCUCAUGCUGCAACUCAGAUCCAAGAUGCAAACUUCUGAUUUUUCUUCACUGGCCAUCGAUCCUACUUUGAAUAUUAACCAAGAGGCCAUCAGAACAAGCCUCGAGUGUGUUAAAGUUGAAGAUGCUGCCAAGAAGGAAAUGGUGAAGGCGAUGCGGCGGAUGGACAGCGACAGUCCCGCACAGGUCGCAGCAGCGCUGAAGAAGAUCAAAUCAAAGGCUCUCCUGAAGUCCCCCUGUGCAGAAGUGUCUGAAAUCAUACUUGGUGAUAUCAUCAACACACUAUUGUUCGACCACAUAGUUUGUGGGUUCCUGAGCGAGACUGGGACUAUCACUUCUGUCAAUGAGCUCUCUGGUAGACUGACAAAAUUAGUCAUCUCAACAGCUCACAACAAACCCGAAAAGUACUUGUCGAUAUUUGAUGGGCUCAAGGCGUCAUUCAUGUCUGUUUUGAAAGACCAGCCAUCCCAAGAGUUGACGCAAGCGAUUUCCAAGGUUGAAGUUUCUAUGGUAAAAUUUGUUGCUGCGCACGACGAAAAGCGGAAGAAUAAUAUGGGUGAAAAUGUUUCCAUGCCGGCAUUGCAUGCCAUCACCAAGUUAAAUGCUUCUAGCUUAAUGUUCGAUGUUGGAUCUCUGCUCUCAGGAACUCACAUGAGCAAGGAUAGCUGGGAGUCUUUCGAGGCAUUCUUCAACGAGCACAAAUUGAAAGAUCGAAAUGAGGUGCGAAACCAUGUCCUCGAUUACGUCUACAACCACGUCGAAGAAGGGAUCUGGGAUGUGUUCAGAGUGGUGACAGCUCGUCUCAUCUCUCAAACGAUGCGCCCCGGGCCGUGGAACGAGGCCAAAGAGUUGUAUCUUAGGAAUAUGCGAGUUGCUGCUUCAACGCCGACAGAAUGUUUGGAAGACGCAGUCAUACGAUACAAGCACAUAGGCACUUGUCCUGCUAUGGCGGCCAUUAUCAUCGCUCAGCGCCUUAGCUAUCUAAUGCGCGCCGACAUAGGCAUGUAUGGGCGUGAGAUGCUCGACCUGGGAGCCUCCCCCACACUUCGAGCCGCAGCUGAAUUAGAUGAAUGGGUUUCCACCUUCAUCCUCCUGGCCAAGGCUAUGGUCAAUCUUUACAACCUCAUGUAUCAUCUAAUUGCGCUCGAAGAUGAAUCAGCAGCCACAGUUGUCUCUAUCGAUGUUACUAGUCUUGUACUGACGUUCGGACUGGGCGUGGAGGACAGUGCUCAAGCGAGUUUCAACCUCGGUAUGCUCGAGUCAUUCAUUACUCGCACUCUGAUCGACGACAAUGAGCCUGCAACGAUGGAGAAGUUCAAAGAAGGGUGGACUACGUUUCAGCACAUUUGUCAAGGCUCUCAAUACCGAUGCUCGCCAUCACAUACGUGUAAAGGGCGAGUUCAAGGGCUAAAUGUACGAAACGUGAACCCGAUACCCAAACCAACACCACGGUUUGGGAAGGAGAAUCAAAUGAUGCGCUUGCGCAAAAUCAAUGACUUCCACCUACUGACUAGUACCUCGACCUCGAAUCAGAGUUUCCUUCGUGGUACAGAGCUCUCCUUGCUUGUUGAGAGCGACUGGGAGAUUGCACGGAGACUCCUCCCGCAUUUGAAGUGCAUGGACAAGCAAAACGUUGCACCGAGAUGUGAAUGCCCAAAACGAGAUCGCGAACGGGCCCUUGAGAUUGCGAAACUCGGACCGCAGCUGAACCGUGACUUCGCGGAGGUGAACGCUUUUUUGAAGUCUGGAAAGGCGCCGCCUGACGCCCUUUGGGAGCGCCUCGAAUCUAACGAGGUCAAAUUGCACGACUUGACCGUUCUGUACUCUGAUCGCCGUUGGGUUGCACAUCAGGACACGACGAACUUCCUUAAGAUGGUACAAGCAAAGGCCAAUGAAAUUAGCGGGUCGAGCAGUCUAGGUCGCGGAUCUUCCACUCCUCCCGCACAGGGUCGACUCAAUCAAGAACUGGUCAGUACACCGAACAUCCAGCCGCGCGCUGUGAAUGGAUCCUCUGAAUCCAUCGACACGAAGGAAAUCUCCCCAGAGAGUGCUAGCGGCAAGCAGAUCGAUGGACCACCACAGCCCAUCUUUAAGACCUCGAUUGUCAGGUCGGAAUUCCCUACGAUUGCCUCAAGUAGCACUAUGCCGCCGCCGCCGCCCGCUGCUCCUGAUGUGGCCGCGAAUGACCAUGACCCGGUUGAAUUUGUUGCACCUGAAACCGAACUUUUGUUGAAUGUGACCAGGCUCGUGGAAGGAAUGCCCCUCUUGAAUACAACCAAGUCGGCACUUCCUGGCGUCCUCGACCCGAGUGUAUUUCUGGGUGUCAUAGAGAAACUAGACGAGAUGGUUCUCGGACGCCUGAAGAUGGCUUUCCAAGUCGCCGAGUUACAGGGAUAUCACGGGGCGCACCUCUGGCUCCGACACAACAUUUCCUGGAGCGGGAAUCUUACCAAGUACAAAGGCUGCAAACCUUGCAACACAAGUAUGCGGGUGGCGCUCGAAAAGGUCAUAAAGGCGAAUGGCUGGGAUCGUGUUGACGCGCCACAACCUGAAGACCUCGACGUCAAAGUUGAUCUCCCGCAUGGGCCCAUACCAGCACCAAUCCCCCAUGAGACGAAGUACCCAUUGGACACAAGCCGUGCCCAACGUCGACGUCGACAGAAGCGUACUCGUUAGGCGCUAAGGGAAAACGUGGACGGGAGGUCACAAUUUUCAGAUGAACGAGUUUUCUACUGGCGGGCGUUUUGGGCGAACACGAAACAAGGCAAGGAAAGGCCGCCAUGAGUGAUGUAAUAUAUCAAUGAUUUUUCAGUGCUUGUCUUCAGUGUAUUUGGC